AGCGCCCCCUGCAGGCUGGGAGGACGGCAGCAGCGCCCCCUGCAGGCUGGGAGGACGGCGCGGCCGACGAGCACGGGGGCCCUUUCUUCUUUUCCUUUCUUCUGCUCGCUUGUUAAAGGCCCGCGAGGAACCAUCAUUUUAAAGAAAACUUGACCUAAGAAAAUAAUUUACAAGGAGAAGAUUGCUCGCAACUGCCAGCAGCAGCAGCAGUCUGGAGGGGCCCCUGGCCGUGCCCAGAGGCUCAGUCAGUUGGAAGAGAGAGUGCUGGUGAUUAUGCGCUCAGAUGCCCCACAAGCAAUGGCCACCGGUGGACUGGAGAUCGUUAAUAAUGAUGACACACAGGACAUCCCGCCUGCCUUCGCCCAAGCUGAGGAGCUGCAGGAGUCGGAGGAGUCAGAGGAGGAUGCACCGUCGCUGCAGUUGUCACUCCCAUCCACCAGCUCAGAUCCUGGCACCUCGCGGUCUCUGGAGGACAGUUUAGCGGCGAGAUCUACACGUCGUGAAUCACCAGUUAUGGAGAGCAAAAAACUGAUUAGUGCAACAGACAUCCAUCACUCGGGAACAUUGUUGAAGUCUCUUAAUGAGCAGCGGGCCCAAGGACUGUUCUGUGAUAUUACAAUAAUUGUGGAGGAUCGCAAAUUUCGAGCACAUAAGAAUGUCUUGUCAUCUGCCAGCAGCUACUUCCAUCACCUUUUCAGUCUCGAUGCCACCAGCAAUGUCAGCGGACAAGUCCUUGAACUGAACUUCGUGAGAGCAGAGGUAUUUGCCGAGAUCCUGAAUUUUAUCUACACCUCCAAGUUGGUUCAUGUGAAUGCUGAACUUGUAAGUGAGUUGAUUCAUUCUGGGCAGGCCUUGGGGCUAAGAUUCCUCGCUGACAUAGGGGAAUCGCUUUCAAAGUUAAAAGGAUUGGCACCAAAUGUCAACAGUGCUGCCUCUGUGAUAAACUCCAGGGGUGAGGCCACGCAGAAUAUUGAUGCUGAGUUAACAUUGCAACCUGAACGUUUGAUUGUACACGUUGAAGAAGGAGGUCUGGGACCACGAAUAACUGAUGCCUUCUCCCUGUCUAGUGCAGAGUUUAGUGUUGCAAAAGGUAAUGGUAAGGACUCAGCCAGCGGUGAAGACUCAGAUGAUAAUGAUGAUGUUAUUUUCUGCAGUGUAAUUUCACCACCUAAACAACCUUCCAGUGCAGCGAACAUGGGUUCAAUGCAAACAAGAAUUAUUGUUCCUAAUAUACCAGUGAGUUCUGACAAUUUAGGAGUUCAAACAAUACAAAGUACCCUGGCUCCAGAGACAUCCUUGAAUGUUGAGGGUUUUCAAGUCCAUAUCCCCAAUGGAAGCACGGAAAGUGGGCAAAAUACUGCAAGCAACCAGCAAAGCACAAACGGCAUAAAUGUGAAGUUUCUUCAAGAUGGCAAACAACUUGUGGCUAUAGACAAAAUGGCGGGCAUUGACACGUUGUCUAAAGGUUGCAGAGUCUAUGCAAAUAUCGACACAAAUCCUAACACGUAUCACAUUGUGGUGCCGAACAAAGAUGACCUUGCCAACCGUGAACCCAAGCAGAACAAGGAGCCAGGGUUUGCUGACCAGAACUUGCUUCUGAUCGGACUCAAGGUGUCUGAAGAUGGAGGCCACUCGAGCAUUCCAACGAUGCCUGAACAUUCUGGUGCUCACGUGAAUGAUUCAAGACCUAUAUACAUCAACGAAGAGUUCUUUCCCGAUGCAAAGCGAAUGAAAAAGGAACAAGAUCAUUAUGAGUUAAUUGUAGAUGGACGAGUGUUUUAUGUGUGCAUUGUUUGCAAGCGGUCUUAUGCAUGCCUGACUAGCUUGAGAAGGCACUUCAAUGUUCACUCCUGGGAGAAGAAAUAUCCUUGCCAUUACUGUGAGAAAGUGUUUCCACUGGCAGAGUAUCGUACGAAGCACGAGAUUCUCCACACUGGCGAACGGCGGUACCAGUGCUUGACCUGUGGCGAGACCUUCAUCAAUUACCAGGUGAUGUCGUCACACAUCAGGUCGGCCCACAGCAAGAAGAUUGGAAAGAGCACGGCUGAAGACGAGACUGUUCCCGACUCAAAGCUUUACCGCUUGCUGCCGUGCAAAAGCUUACAGAUCAGACAGUAUGGGUUCCUAACUGGAAGCGCUUCGAGCGCAGUGGCUAAGAUUAAUGAAGACGGAAUAUUGUAUCACGUAGGAAAUGACAGUGAAGGAACUCCGCAGCUUGCCACCCCAGAGACCAUUGGUGGUGGCAAGCCAUCCACCUGGGAUGAUAUUUUCCCUCAGGAAGGAACCCCAGUUUACAGGUACAAUUCCUUAGACGGCAAUUCCGAAUUAGAAUUUGUUAUACCAGAAUCCUUCAGAGAAAUGGCUUGAAGUCAUUCAGGCUAUGCUGGAACUGAUCGUAACAAACACAUGGACUGUGAUACCUGGCGAACUGCUGACAGCCAACCUUUGGUCAUAGUAUUGUACUAACUGACUAGUUAAGCAUUUGUGUUUCAGGCAAACAAAUUAUUCAGUGGCUGGACCAUUGUGUGGGUAACUCAGUCUUUUUUUUUUUGAAGAAAUAGCAUUUCUGUCAAACGUAUUGAUGUCACUGUAGAAUGCAUCAAGAACUGUGAAGCGGAAUGUAGUUGUGGCUUUGAGCAAAAAUGCAGAUUCUAUACUGACAUUUCGUCAGAAGUAGCCCGGAAUCAAUGGACAUUCUUAUGCAAUAUACAUCAUUUUGAAAGAAUUUUCAAUUAGUUUCAUCCUUACUGGUCCAGCAGCUGUUACCCAGAUGUUUAUAUUUACAUAUUUCUGAUCAGGAACUGAAUUUAUGGAAAUGUUAUGUGCUAGCACUUUUAAUUUUACAUUGUACAGCUGAGAUAAUGGGCUAUUGUUGUAUCUUUUCUAGUAAAUCAUCUUCCUAAGCAUUAUGGAUUACUGUUUUAGUGUUGUACACAAUUAGCUAAUCACUAGGCCCUACUUCCUAAAGUGACUUCCUGGCAUUUUUAAACGCAAUGUGUAGAAGAUCACAGAGUGUACAGUGCUGCAGCACUUCCAUUAAACAAAGAAGGCGCAAAACUCAUUCCAGCUUUUGUUGCUGGUGAUGAAUAGGUGAAAAUAAAUAACCCAAAUUGGUGUAAGUGCAGGAUGUGGCCGCUCUUGUGCGACCAGCACGAACGAAAGGUGAUGAUAAUAGGUCAACAUCCUCAUCAGACAAAUACAGCUUAACUCAGAAAGCCUGGCUUCCAUUCAUUCCAUGAUCAUUGUCUUUGCAACAUCACUCACUCUUUCACAGUGUGACAUGUAUCAUUUGAAUUAAGAAUGUGCCGGAUUAAACUAGAUUAAUAAAUAUGGAAUGAAUAAUGGAAAAGGAUGGGUGAGGAAAGAUUGAUGUAACCCCUAAGGUGUUGCGUAGUCCAGCAUGUAACAUAGAUUACUUUGGACAACAUGAUCCGAUAGCAGAUUUCUUACCGGCCAUUAUUUAGAUUUAUGUUCUGUUGAUUAUGUUUUAUUAAACUAGAUGCUCAUGCAGUACUUUGGGAUGAAAGCUUAUAAAUCUAAUAGUUAAAAAGAUGAACAAUUAUCUGCAAUAUUUCAAAUAUCUAAAAUAUGCAUGAAAGUGCUAUUUUGUUUGCCAGAUUCCAAUUUUACAAGUAAUCUUCUCUGUUUUUACUCUACUGUGAAGUUGGCGGUGUUUGUACUUAACAGAAUCUAGCUUCUAAUUGCAUAGUGUAAUAACACCAUUUUCAUGGAUGGCUUUGGGCAUAAUUUAUCAUUUUGUAGCUCUUAUCAUUGUUUUGCUGAUGUUUUAGAUAUGCUUUGCAGAAGAAUUAGGAUUGCAAUGUUUUAUUAACAGUGAUUGAUGGAUGCUGGAUUUUUCUGAUGCAAUUUCACCCAAACUACUUUUAAAAGUUAAAAAGAAAAUCCUAAAUUAGCAAUUUAGAAUAUUUUAAUGGUCAAAAUAUCACAGUAGCAAUGUAUGUCAUUUGCCCAAGUCUCUCAAUAUUUACAGAGCCCUCCAUAAUGUUUGGGACAAAGACCCAUCAUUUAUUUAUUUGCCUCUGUACUCCACAAUUUGAAAUUUGUAAUAGAAAAAAAAUCACAUUUGGUUAAAGUGCACACGGUCAGAUUUUAAAUAUUUUUAUACAUUUUGGUUUCACCAUGUAGAAAUUACAGCAGUGGUUAUACAUAGUCCCCCCAUUUCAGGGUACCAUAAUGUUUGUGACACAGCAAUGUCAUGUACAUUGAAAGUAGUCAUGUUUAGUAUUUUGUUGUAUAUCCUUAGUAUUCGAUGACUACUUGAAAUGCGAUUCAUGUCUUCUCUGGUGAUGCUCUGCCAGGCCUGUAUUGCAUCCAUCUUUAGCUUAUGCUUGUUUUGGGGGCUAAUCCCCUUCAGUUUUUUCAACAUAUAAAAGCCAUGCUCAAUUGGGUUCAGAUCAGGUGAUUGACUUUGCCACUCAAGAAUGGACCAUUUUUUUACCUUUGAAAAACUCUGUUGCUUUAGCAGUAUGUUUCGUAUCCUUGUCUUGCUGUAGAAUGCACGGCAGGCCAAUGAGUUUUGAGGCAUUUGUUUGAACUUGAGCAGAUAGGAUGUGCCUAUACACUACAGAAUUCAUUAUGCUACUACCAUCAGCAGUUGUAUCAUCAAUGAAGAUAAGUGAGCCAGUCCCUUCAGCAGCCAUACAUGCUCAGGCCAUAACACCCCCACCACCGUGUUUCACAGAUGAGGUGGUAUGCUUUGGAUCUUGGGCAGUUCCUUCUCUCCUCCAUACUUUGCUCUUGCCAUCACUCUGAUACAAGUUCAUCUUAAUCUAUUCUGUCCACAAGACCUUUUUCCAGAACUGCGGUUGCUCUUUUAAGUAGUUCUUUGCAAACUGUAACCUGGCCAUCCUAUUUUUGCGGCUAACAAGUGGUUUGCACCUUGCAGUGUAGCCUCUGGAUUUCUGUUCAUGAAGUCUUCUGCGGACAGUGGUCAUUGACAAAUCCACUCCUGACUCCUGAAGAGUGUUUCUGAUCUGUCGGACAGGUGUGUGGGGAUUUUUCUUUAUUAUAGAGAGAAUUCUUCUGUCAUCAGCUAUGGGGUCAUGCUAUGAAAGUUCCCAAUGGUGAUGGAAAGACUGGAGGAAAGACUAGGUGCUGCGAGCUCUCUUAUGCCUGCAUUAAGGAGGCAAUUAAACACUCCUGGACAAUUACAAACACCGUGAAGCCAUGUGUCCCAAACAUUAGGUGCCCUGAAAUGGGGGGACUGUAUAAACACAGCUGCCAUUUCUACAUGGUGAAAACAAAAAUAAAAAAUACCUUUUAAUAAAAUCUGACAAUGUGCACUUUAACCACAUGUGACUUUUUCUAUUACAAAUCUCAAAUUGUGGAGUGCAGAGGCAAAUAAAUAAAUGAUGGGUCUUUGUCCCAAACAUUAUGAAGGGCAAUGUAGUUUUGAACUGUUGGAAGCAAAAAUAUGUUGCUUUCUUGAAGCUCUCUCAUUAAAUUUUGUUGGUUUGCCAUAUUGAACAUGUAUUUUGAGGCAAACAGCUAUUCAGUAUCCAUUUAGCAAAAAAAGCUAUCAGCAAAAUUAUUUCCCUUUUUGAAAAUCCUGCACUGUAUGGGGUCAAUAUGGUACAUAAAUUGCUUCACUUUCUAAAAUGCAAAUAAACCACGGUCCCAUAAAUUUUCAGAAAUGUAGAAAAGUAAUAAACCUUGUAAAAUGAAUAGUCUAUCAUUUUGUUUGUAACAGUUUUGCAUGCAUAGACUAGAACAAAACUGCAGAAUAGAAAAUCUUACAUUUGCGUUAAAGUAAUUCUUUUGAAUUACCUCAGAUGUUGGUCUAAAUAAUACUGUUCUGUCCUAUUGUGCAAGCAAGGUUAAUGCUUUUAUACCAGUGAAAAUAAUAAAACUACUAAUAAUGUAAAUAUAGUUGUAACAAAGCUUCUUCCUUAGUAUAGGUUAUUGUUGUCACUUUUCUAUUUUCUUUCAUUUGAAGCCGUAGAAUGUAACUUUAUUUAUUGUGUUUGCUUUUUUGAUGAGAAAAAUAAAAAUUUCAGAACUGUU